AUGUUCAAAGACGGUGAGGACAAACAACCGGUGAUAUCAGAGAAGGUAGAAAGCACAAAUUUGUUGAAAUCUGAAGAACAUGCUGAGAACAAAAAAGUGGAUAAAGUUGGAGAUAUGGAGCCACUAAUACAGUUUGAAGUUGACAGUAAUGUGAGCUGGGAGGCUCUUUUAGAAGCUUCCAUAAGUCCAUCAUCCAUGGCUCCUAGAAACAACUUGUUCCCCCGGUACCCUAACGUCCAUGGAUAUGGAAAUUAUUCAGCAGAUGGACCCAAAGAUGAGGUGAAUCAAUGGCAGAUGCAAAUAUAUAAUCCCUAUACCCUGCACCCUUUUUAUCAGCAGUACAACAUGCCCCAUUACUAUGGAUCAGUCCCUAGUAACCCUACUUACCCAUGGGGUCUUUGA